CGUUGGUUGCGCUGGCUCGCGGCAGUAGUACGCAUUUAGCGGUGAGGUGUCUGAGUGUCGGUCGUGGGGAGAUAUACGGACGCGCCGAUUUUUUUCGACAGUGAGUUGAUGAUUCGUUAGUACGACUAGGCACGCCGGUUACUGCCUCUUUGUUUGCCAGUGUGCGUAAACACGUGAUAAAAUCGAGAGUGAAAUCGCGCCGCGAACACGAGUCAACGAGAUAUGUCGACAAAGUCGAGCAAGAAGACCGCGGCCGCCACCGCUGCUGCCGCCGCCGCCGCCGCCGCCUCGUCCUCCGGGAUCAGCAGCAUGCAAUCGCCGCCAGCGAGCACGUCGACGCCGAUCGGCGGCCGGCGACCUGGCAGCCCGCUCAGUCCUACUCGCUACUCUCGAUUGCAAGAAAAGCAAGAUUUGCAGAAUCUUAACGAUCGUUUGGCGUGUUACAUCGACAAGGUGCGUCACUUGGAGACUGAGAACUCCCGGUUGACGCGGGAGGUGCAGACCACCCAAGAGACGGUCACCCGGGAGGUAUCCAACAUCAAGUCCAUGUACGAGCACGAGCUCUCCGACGCGAGGAAACUGCUCGACGAGACAGCCAGGGAACGCGCCAAACUCGAGAUCGACACGAAACGCUUGUGGGACGACAACGAAGAUCUCAAGAGCAAAUUGGAAAAGAAGACGAAGGAGUUGCAGAUUGCAGAGCGAAAUGCUAUGAUAUACGAGACCCGCUGCAACGAUUUGCAGUCGCAAUUCAAUCAGUCGCAGGCGGAACGCAAAAAGCUCGCCGAAAAGGAGCGAGAAUUAGAGAAGGAAUUGGACCGAAUGAAAGGAUUACUGGACGACGCUCGCAAGCACCUCGAGGAAGAGACUUUGCAACGAAUUGAUCUCGAAAACAACAUUCAGAGUCUGAAGGAAGACAUCAGUUUCAAGGAUCAAGUUUAUCAGCAAGAGCUUUCGGAAACUCGUACGAGACGACAAGUUGAAAUAUCCGAAAUUGAUGGUCGUCUCGCUGAACAGUACGAAGCUAAAUUACAGCAGUCUCUGCAAGAAUUGCGCGAUCAGUAUGAAGGACAGAUGCGCGCUAAUCGAGAUGAAAUUGAACUUUUGUAUGAAAACAAGAUCAAAAACUUGGCAUCUCAGGCCCAGCGUAAUAGCGGAGCUGCCACUAUGGCGGUUGAAGAAUUGAACCGGACUCAAAGCAAAAUUGAAACUCUCAAUACCAGAAUCAAUGAACUUGAAGCCACCAUCAACGCUCUUAACGCGCGCAACAGGGACCUGGAGAAUUUACGAGAAAACGAACGCGUUCGUUAUACGGAGCAGAUGGCCGCAUUGGAGGCAGAGGUUGCACGUAUGCGAGAGGAAAUGGCUCAACAGUUACAGGAAUAUCAGGAUCUCAUGGACAUUAAAGUAGCGCUCGACUUGGAAAUCGCUGCGUAUCGCAAGUUGCUCGAGUCCGAAGAGGCGAGGUUAAACAUCACGCCUAUACAGUCAACCAACACCUCUAUGUCUACUGGUAGAACAACUCCGUCCAGGCACACCCCUCUCAGAGGCGGUAAACGAAAACGCACCCUGUUGGAAGAAAGCGAGGAGCGUAGCAGCAGCGAUUACAGCGUUACUGGUUCCACUAGAGGUGACGUAGAGAUCACAGAAGCUGAUCCUCAAGGACGAUUCGUGAAACUCACCAACAAAGGAAACAAGGAAAUAACCUUGAGCGGAUGGCAGAUUCUCCGUAAAGCUGGUGCUCUGGAAACGGUUUUCAAGUUCCAUCGUACUGUGAAGCUCGACGCAAGUGCCACUGUGAUGGUAUGGUCGGCCGAUAUCGGUGCAACACACGAACCACCGUCGAACAUUGUCAUGAAGGGACAAAAAUGGUUCGUGGCUGACAACAUGACCACAAUUCUGCUAAAUAACGAAGGAGAGGAAAUGGCAACAUCUGAGCGCAAGAGACAGCUGUUAUCCACAAGCUUGUCUCGACACAGGGAAAGCUUAGGAUUCCGGUCAGCAGAGGAGCUUCAUCAUCAGCAGAGAAGAUAUUUCUACCCGUAUUAAGGGUGAAGGCACACGACUCUGAUGGGCACUUUAUGGCGACCCCCAAAGUGAAGAACGUUGCCGCCUUAUGUGAACGUAAAUUUAUCGUAAGCUUAAGUAUAAUAUCAAAAAGAUUCUAAAUGCUAUCUACGCGAUCAUGCGGCUUCAUUCCGUCAGCGCCAUUUUAAUAACUGAUAAAGAGAAAAGAAAUUACGCCAUAGAAAUUAACACAAAAAAAUUAACACAAAGAAAUUAAUUUA